GCGGCUGAUCUUUAUCACCGGUAUAUCGGUGCAGGUACCGUGUGUCGUUCGAGCUUGCAGAUUCAUAUGGAUUAAGGUGUUUUCCUCUUUGAGUGACAAGGAAAUUCUCAUCUAGGCCCUCAAAAAGGGGGUCAACAAAACGGUUAAACGAUUAGAACGAACGAAGCAGGAUGUUCACAUAAACCUGGGAGCAAAUUCGACCAAGAGCUGCAGCUUCAACCAGGUUAAAACUGUGAUUCCUCAGGUGAAGCUGAAACAUUAUCUGAAUGGAUCAAGGUGAGAACGAAGAUGAAGCCUCCAACCCAGAAAACCCGCCGUGUGAGGUUGAUGAGGUUCAGAGUGAAGCUCAGAGGAAAAGACGAGCACCUGAUCCUGAACCAGAAUCUGCAUCCGGAUCUGGACCCAGCUGUGUUUCUCUGAGGAGUGACAAGUCAAAGGAUGCUGAAGUUGAUUUUAGAUCAGAGUGUGUCGCUGCAGAACGGAACUAUGCCAAACGCAGAAUUUGCUCUACAUCUGGACCCAGCUGUAUUUCCUUGAAGAGUGACAGAUCAAAGGAUAUAAUUCAUGAUUUUAAAUCAGGUCACAUGGCAGCAGAAAGGAUGGACCAGGAGCUCUUAGAAGGUCCCAGUAGUAAAUCUACACCUCAGGAUCAAAGUGCAAUAGACUCCACCUUUCAGCUUGUGGAGAACAACAUGUUCACUUUUAUGAAGGAAAAACUACAGGAAUUCAAGAAACGUGUGAGUGGAGAGGAGAGACAGAUGAGCGAUAAAGAUAUGUUUGGGGUUGACGAAGAGAAAGACGAGAUACUGACAGAAAUGUUUCUAGAAAUGACAAUUCUAUUUCUAAAAGGAAUAAAAGAAGAUGACCUGGCUGACCGUCUGCAGAGCAAUUUCCCCACCACAUGCCAGCGUAAACUGAAAACCAACCAAAAAAAGAAGUUCCAGUGUCUUUUUGAGGGAAUCGCUAAAGCAGGAAACCCAACCCUUCUGAAUGAGAUCUACACAGAGCUCUACAUCACAGAGGGAGGAACUGGAGAGCUGAAUGAAGAACAUGAGGUCAGACAGAUUGAAGCAGCAUCCAGGAAAGCAGACAGAGCAGAAAAAACCAUCAAGCAAGAAGAAAUCUUCAAACCUCUUCCUGGAAGACAAGAACCAAUCAGAACCGUGAUGACAAAGGGAGUGGCUGGCAUCGGGAAAACAGUCUUAACACAGAAGUUCACUCUGGACUGGGCUGAAGGCAAAGCCAAACAGAACAUCCACUUCAUAUUUCCAUUCACUUUCAGAGAGCUUAAUGUGCUGAAGAAUAAAAAGUUCAGCUUGGUGGAACUUGUUCAUCACUUCUUCCCUGAAACCAAAGGAAUCUGCAGCUUUGAAGACUUCCAGAUCAUCUUCAUCUUUGAUGGUCUGGAUGAGUGUCGACUUCCUCUGGACUUUAGAAACAGUGAGAUAGUGACGGAUGUUACACAGUCCACCUCAGUGGGUGAUCUGCUGACAAACCUCAUCAGGGGGAACCUGCUUCCCUCUGCUCUCCUCUGGAUAACCACACGACCUGCAGCAGCCAAUCAGAUCCCUGCUGAGUGUGUUGGCAUGGUGACAGAGGUCAGAGGCUUUGCCGAUCCUCAAAAGGAGGAGUACUUCAGGAAAAGGUUUAAAGAUAAAAAGCAAGCAAGCACAAUCAUCUCCCACAUCAAGAGAUCCCGAAGCCUCCACAUCAUGUGCCACAUCCCAGUCUUCUGCUGGAUCACUGCUACAGUUCUGGAGGAUCUGCUGAAGAGCAGAGAGGGAGGAGAGCUGCCCAAGACUCUGACUGAGAUGUACGUCCACUUCCUGGUGGUUCAGGCCAAAGUCAAGAAGGUCAAGUAUGAUGGAGGAGCUGAGACAGAUCCUCACUGGAGUCCAGAGAGCAGGAAGAUGAUGGAGUCUCUGGGAAAACUGGCUUUUGAGCAGCUGCAGAAAGGAAACUUGAUCUUCUAUGAAUCCGACCUGACAGAGUGUGGCAUCAAUGUGACAGAGGCCUCAGUGUACUCAGGAGUGCUGACUCAGAUCUUUAUUGAGGAGAAAGGUCUGUACCAGGACAAGGUCUACUGCUUCAUCCAUCUGAGCAUUCAAGAAUUCCUUGCUGCUCUUCAUGUCCACAUGACCUUCAUGAAGUCUGGAGUCAACCUCUUGGCAGAGGAGCAAACCUCAUCUCAGUCGUCCUCACCAGGCCAGGAACCUACAGACAUUCAGUUCUACCAGACCUGUGUGAACGCGGCUUUAAAGAGUCAGAAUGGGCAUCUGGACCUUUUUCUACGAUUCCUUCUGGGACUUUCAAAACUAAACAAUCAGACCCUCCUACAAGGACUACUCGUUCCAACAGGAAGCAGCAUUGAAACCGACGAGAAGACAAUCCAACACAUAAAGAAGAAAAUCAGUGAGAAUGUGUCUGUGGAGAAAAACAUCAACCUGUUCCACUGCCUGAAUGAGCUUGAUGAUAAUUCUCUGGCAGAGGAGAUUCAGAAUUUCCUAAAUUCAGGCCGUCUCUCCGUAAACACACUGUCCUCUCUUCAGUGGUCGGCUCUGGUCGUCAUUUUACUGUCAGAUAAAGAUCUGGACGUGUUUGACCUGAAGAAGUACUCUGGUUCAGAGGAAGUUCUUCUGAAGCUGCUUCCAGUGGUCAAAGCCUCCAACAAAGCUCUAUUGAGUAACUGUAAACUAUCAGAGAGAAGUUGUAAAGCUCUGGCAGAAAUUCUCAGCUGUGAGUCCUGCAGUCUAAGAGAGCUGGGCCUGAGUAACAACGAUUUGGGCGAUUUAGGACUGAAGCAUCUUUGUGUUGGACUGGAGAAUCCCAAAUGUCCUUUGGAAACUCUCAGCCUGUCAGGAUGUGGGAUCACCAAAGAAGGCUGCACACUUUUGGCUUCGGCUCUGAACUCCAACCCCUCUCAUCUAAAAGAGCUGGACCUGAGCUACAACCAUCCUGGAACAGAAGGGGUGAAACUCCUUACUCCUAUACUGGAUACUCUCAGGGUGGAUCCUGCUGGAGAAGAAUGGCUGACACCAGGUCUAAAGAAGUAUUCCUGCCAACUCUCCAUUGACACAAACACAGUGAGCAGGAUGAUCGAGCUGUCCGACAACAACAGCAGGAUGACCCGUGUGGAUGUGCUGCAGCCGUAUCCCGACCACGACGACAGAUUUGACCUCUUUCAGCUGCUCUGCAGAGACGCUCUGAGCGGCCGCUGUUACUGGGAGGUGGAGUGGAGCGGGAGGGUGGACGUAGCUGUGAGCUACAAGGGAAUCAAGAGGAAAGGGGACAGCGAUGACCGCUGGUUCGGCUUCAACGAUCAGUCCUGGAUGUUAUGCUGCGAUGACACUGGUUACUCCAUUUGGCACCGUAACGAAAACGUUUUUGUCCCCUCCUCAUCCCUGUCAUCCUCCUCUAACAAAGUAGCCGUGUAUGUUGACUAUCCUGCUGGGAUUCUGUCCUUCUUUGAGGUCUCUGACACACUGAUCCACCUCCACACCUUUAACACCACUUUCACUGGACCUCUUUAUCCGGGGUUCGGGUUUGAGUUCCGCCCUGGAUCCUGGCUGUCUCUGUGUCCAGUUUAACUUUCAUCUCACUUCUCCUUCUUUCUCUUUUUCUUCUUCUUCUCCUCUACUAAUUCUAGAUUGUACAUUUUGUAGCUCAACCAGGAGCAAACUGACAUUUUAGUUAUUGGUCCUGAAGCCAAAAGAGAGAAACAGCUUUUUAAACUGAAAGAACUUUCAUUAAGUUUUUCAGAAACGGUUAGAAGCCUGCUUGUUAUUUUUGACUUGAAGCUAACUUUUGCCCUUCACAUAAGCAGGUAUGCUUAUACUAUGUUUUUUAUUAUCUUAAAAGUUUAGUUAAUGUCGGCUGACGUGUCUCUCUUGCUAACAUGGAGACGCUGAUGCAUGCUUUUAUUAUCAGUAGAAUAGAUUACUGUAACGCUUCUCUGGCUGGUCUUCUGAAAAAUAGCAUCAAGAACCUUCAGCUUCUCCAAAAUUCUGCUGCACGAGUUCUUUAAGAUCCCCGCAUUGGCUCCACAUAUGUUUCAGGAUUGAUUUUAAGAUACUUUUAAUGGUUUUUAAAUGUCUUAAUGGUCUUGCGCCCUCUUAUUGGUCAGAUCUUUUAGUCAAAUGUGAACCCUCGUGGACCCUGAGAUCCUCUGGCACUGGUCUUCUAACCAUUCCAAGGGUGGAAACCAAAACUUACAGAGAGGCAUCUUUUCAGCACUUUGACCGUCGUUUGUGAAAUGGUCUGCCAGAAAACCUGAGAGCCGCAGAGAGCCGAGGUGCUUUUAAGAAAAGGCUGAAGACCCAGUUUUUAACAUUACUUUUAGCUAAUUUUUUCAUUUUUUUAUUUAUCCACUUAAUGAUAUUUUAUGAUCUUAUGCUGGACUAUUAAUGAUUCAUUUUAAUAAUCCUGUUUUUAUGCUUUAUUGUUUCAUUUUUUAUUGCUUUUGUCAAUUAUUGUUACUUUUUUAUUUUCGUUUUUCAUUUCCAAAGGUUCCUUAGUUGGAUCCUCUCCCUCUUGGUCGGCUGCUGUUCAGCCGCUGUGGUUUUAGAUAUUGUUAUUAUUAUUAUUAUUAUUAUUAUUAUUAUUUGCAAAUUUAAUUUGUAUUUUGGAUUGUGGUUGCAGAGUUUUGUGUUCACUUUAAAUGUAUUUAAAAGGAAAAAAACUUGAAAUGUCUAUAGUUAAAACCAAAUUAUUAAUAGCUAAUUCUUUUUUCAUUUAUUUUGCACAUUUUAUAUGGAAAGUAUAAACCACAGCAUAUAGAUAAUAUACACUAUUUCGAUAAAAACAUGUUUACAUUAGUUGUGGAUUUAAUGCAUAAUCCUACAUAGUAGUUGAAAAUAAAUUAAACCCCAAAACAACCUAAAAAAACAUUUUGUAGCCGAUAGAGCCGAUGGUUACAGUGAGCUAAUGCUGAAGGACUGAAUCUGUGAGAAGAGACAGAACUCUGUCACUAUUGUGGAGGGAAACAAGGAAAGACUAAAAGUUUUGGAAGAAUUCUUUAAAAAAGAAACAUUAAUGAAGUUUUUUUUCAAUUAUUUUUUAUUAUUCUUUAAUGAUAAUAAAUGUACAAUAUUUUAAAGAGAUAUAUGUUUAACUUGAGCAAAUUGACUUAUGAUAUCGAUGAUAUUUGCAGCAGAAAGUUGUAAGUUCUUCAUGGGGGGUCGUAAAAGAAUUAAGAUUGAAGAGAGAAGUCCACCAUCAGCAUUUCCACCAACUAAUAUUUUCCGUUCUCGGCCUUUUCCCCCAAAUUCAAUCUGUAUCAGCACUUUGUGUUGUAUUAUAUAUGAAAAUGUAUCAAUAAAGUUUGAUUAGUUUCAAUGACAUUUUCAAAUAUCAUUGAUUUCUUUGCUGAAUGUUUCCUUUCUACCACUCCAAUGGGUUUUAUCUUGAACUAUUGGCCAUAAUAAUGUUCAGAAAACUAUAAAUCAUUCAUUGUUUUUCUUGUCCCAUUGCAAAC